AUGUUGAAGAAGUGCUAUAAGAGAGAUAACGCAAAAGUUGAAGAAUCUACUGAAUCUGCGAGCUCGUCUUCGGCGAUUGAUGUACUUCCUUGGGUUUUGUGGUUGUCGUCUUCUCAAGGAAUUUCUCAACUUGUUGAUUGGAUUCAAUGUCGAAGUGGCUACACAAAACAGCCGAAUGAAAAUGCGGAGGAUUUUGCUAAAGAAGCAGAGCCAUGGCAGAGAAAAGAAGAUGAUGAUGACGAAACAUAUGAGGGAUAUGUCUUGCAGCAUUGUCCAACACUGUGUAUUGUAUAUUCUUUCCCAGCAAAAGAUACAAUGUAG